GAUAACGGUACGAUAUAUUUUUGAUGUUUCAUUACCAUAAAAUUGCAAUUUUGUCCUUUUGGUUAACGUCUUAACGAUUUCGCUGGAAUAUUUAAGAGAAAUUGAGGACGAUUGAAUUGUUUCACGAUGAAUCAAGCGGAAGUUUCACAGUUAAUGUCUAAACUGAGAAUACGUGUUAGUCCUCGACAUAAAAAUUUAAAAUGUCCCGAAGGACCACAGGGUCGGUUAAAUAAGUUGCGUAAAACUGUUAAUGCUCUUUUCAAGUAYGAACGUUUAGAAUUGAAUUAUACGUUGGCCGACGAGACCAGAGGGUAUGCAGAAAGAUUGAUAUCUGAAGCCAUCAGGCAUGGAGAUACACACAAACCAACCAUGGAGAUGGCCGACUAUUGGAUAGAAGAAAAACAGUUGAUACAUAAAUUGUUUAAAGUACUGGUACCGCGGUUUAAUGAUUACCAGACUUCAUACACAAUGUUAUACAGGGCGCCAAAUGCAUACCCAGAAAUUGUGUAUCCUCGUUCAGUACUAGAACUUAAAGGUAAUCCGUUUCCAGCAAUUCUGCCUCAGCGAUCAGAUCAAAGAAAUUUUAUACAUAAUAUUCUAUUGGAUGAAGCAAAAAAAGCGUAUAGGGCUGAGAAAUAUGAGGAGAUAACCAAAUCUCUUGAAAAACAACAAGAAUAAAUCUAUAAACAUAUUAUAUUAUUUUGUGUAAAUACAGUUAUUAGUUAGAAAUA